UCACAUCAAAUCAAAUAACCCAAAUUCAUCCCCAACCCACAUCACGUCAUAUGACGUAACUUUUAGCAACACACUUCUAUAGUCUGCACAAGAGGAGAGAGAAACUACAGAGACCAUCUACAGAGAGAGGAGAGUGUGUGUGCCCUGUGCAGAUGCAGAUACAGAUGCAAGCAUACAACAGGCUGCCGAGCAGCGGCCACACAACACCAUCGCCGCCGCAGUCGCCGUCAGUGAGGUCACCGAGGUACCGCCAUGGCCGUAAGCAAGGAAGACCGGGACCACAGCCGCCACGAACUGUGGCGCAUCGCUUGGCUUAUUUAGUUCUCUCUGUUCUUCUCCGAAGACAAGGGAUUUUUCUGUUUGCGCCGUUAAUUUAUAUCUCUGGGAUGUUGUUUUAUAUGGGUACUGUUUCGUUUGACGUGGGUCCUGUUAUUUCUCACCAUCCUGCUCCUGGGUCGGUUUAUCGGAGCCCGCAGCUGUAUUCGAAGCUCCGGCAUGAGAUGGAUGCCGAUAAUUCUACUGCUGACGCGAUAUCAACUAUUUGGAAAAAUUCUUACAAGGGUGGUGAAUGGAAACCAUGUGUAAACAAGUCUACUUCCGGAGGCUUGCCUGAUUCGAAUGGUUUUAUUUAUGUUGAGGCAAAUGGCGGCUUGAACCAGCAGAGAGCAUCGAUAUGCAAUGCAGUUGCUGUGGCAGGCUAUCUUAAUGCCACACUUGUUAUUCCAAAUUUUCAUUAUCAUAGCAUCUGGAGGGAUCCUAGUAAGUUCAAUGACAUAUAUGAUGAAGAAUAUUUCAUGAGUAUGUUGCAAAAUCACGUACGUGUGGUCAAUAUGAUUCCUGAUUACCUGAUGGCUCGUUAUGACCACAACAUGAGCAAUGUUUACAAUUUCAGAAUAAAAGCGUGGUCUACUAUCCAAUUCUAUAAGGACAAUGUGUACCCAAAACUGCUUGAAGAGAAGGUUAUAAGGAUCUCUCCAUUUGCGAAUCGAUUGUCAUUUGACACUCCUCCAGCUGUUCAACGGCUUAGGUGCUUGGCAAAUUAUGAAGCUUUGAGGUUCUCAAGUCCAAUCUUAACAUUGGGGGAAACAUUGGUUGCAAGAAUGAAAGAGCAUAGUGUAAGAAGUGGUGGCAAAUACGUAUCUGUGCAUCUUCGCUUUGAAGAGGAUAUGGUUGCUUUCUCUUGUUGUAUAUUUGAUGGUGGUAAGCAAGAAAAACUUGAUAUGGAGGCAGCAAGAGAAAGAGGUUGGAGGGGCAAAUUUACUAAGCCUGGCAGGAUAAUACGUCCUGGUGCUAUCAGAAUCAAUGGAAAAUGUCCACUUACACCAUUGGAGGUUGGUUUGAUGCUUCGUGGUAUGGGCUUUGACCGAAACACAUCUAUUUAUUUGGCUUCAGGAAAGAUAUAUGAUGCAGAAAGAAAUAUGGCCCCGUUAUUUGAAAUGUUCCCUCUUUUGCAAACUAAGGAGAUGCUUGCAUCUCCAGAGGAGCUUGCACCAUAUAAGAAUUAUUCCUCCAGGAUGGCUGGUGUAGACUAUACUGUUUGCCUACAUAGUGAAGUGUUUGUUACAACUCAAGGUGGUAAUUUCCCUCAUUUUUUGAUGGGCCAUCGGAGAUACUUGUAUGGAGGGCACUCGAAGACAAUUCGUCCGGACAAGCGAAAGUUAGCUCAAAUUUUUGAUAAUCCUAGUAUUGGAUGGAGAACGUUCAAGAGGCAUAUGCUACAUAUUCGAUCACAUAGUGAUUCCAAGGGCUUCGAGCUCAAAAGGCCAAAUGACUCCAUUUACAGCUUCCCAUGUCCAGACUGUAUGUGUCAUAUCGGUAAAUCAGAAGAUUCGAGAUCAGUGUCUGCAACGUGAUCUCCUGUCAUCAAAAUCAUAUGGGUUAUAUUUCAUGUUAAUUGUUCUGCGAAUGUGGCUAACAGCCAAAGCCCUUUUUACAUUGAUUCUUUGAUUCUUUUCUCUUUUCCCUUUGUGGGGAAAAGGGUAACACAGUCAGUUUUGGAACUCCAAAGAUUUGGUUGGACGGAGUGGUCUGAUUAUUUCACCAGAGCACGGCAUCACAUCUUUUUGUACAUGAUCUGGAAGUGGAAGUGAAGCCACAUUAUUUUUCCAUUGGAGGAGUUGCUCUGGCAUUAACAAGCUGACUCUGGCAUUAUACACUUGGUUGCAGCUGCUGUAUCUAACAAGCUGCGAAAUUAUCUUGCGAUAUUUUUAUCCACUAAUUUUUGUCCAUUCUUUUUUUUUCUUUUUGUUGAUUGUAUAUGAUACGAUUUACGUGUAAAGCUGUACAAAGCAUUUUGGAGCAAGUAAUUCAUUCAUUCAGAAAAGUGAUGUACUCUUGUGCGCAUGCAUCUCUCUCUUGUUAUGGCAAAGAUAAUGUAGAAAGUAUAUGAAAUAUGCUGCUUCUAUUGUACUCGUUCAUCUUAGUGGGAAGGAAUUUGGCUGCUGAGACAA